AUGGGCCAUUUCCACCAUGGAACCACCUGGAAACAGAUUGAACACCCCUGCGCUGGUACCAACUGGCAACAGAUUGAACAUCUCUGCGCUGGUACCAACUGGCAACAGAUUGAACAUCUCUGCGCUGGUACCAACUGGCAACAGAUUGGACACUGCGCUGGUACCAACUCGCAACAGGUCGGACACCUCUGCACUGGCUUGGCCGAUGGUGCCCUCCCCACCGGUGAGAUGUACACUGUUGAACGCUUCUUGCCAUCAUCAUAUGUUGCCCAUUCUUCUUCUUCUUCUUCUUCUUCUUCUUGCGAGACGGCUCUUCUGCUAGUCUGUACCCUUUUUUCCGUAACCCUCGUCCACUUUUCUAUGGUCUUUGUUCAUUCAUCGGAUCUUAACACUCGUUUUCGGCUGAAAGAAGGCCACCUUGUGACAUUGGCUUUUGCUUUGCUUUCACACUGA